GUUUAAUCAACUUCCACUGACUAGACAUUCUAACAAAGAGUCCCCACCCACCCCCCAACCGUGCUUGCUGCUCACAUCUCCGCGCGAACUCAAACUGAAACCCAAUUCUACCGAUCGCACCUCAUCAUGGACAGCAAAAACGUCGUCGUUUGCGACAACGGAACCGGAUAUGUGAAGUGUGGUUUUGCUGGUGAGAAUUUCCCGACUUCUGUUUUUCCUUGUGUGGUGGGGAGGCCAAUGCUCCGAUACGAAGAAUCGCUUACCGAGCAAGAGCUAAAGGAUAUUGUUGUUGGCGAAGGAUGUGCAGACCUGCGGCAUCAGCUUGAUAUAUCUUAUCCUGUGAACAAUGGAAUCGUCCAAAACUGGGAUGACAUGUGUCAUGUGUGGGAUCAUGCAUUUUACAACGAAUUAAAAAUUAACCCACAAGACUGUAAGAUUCUACUCACUGAUCCGCCUCUUAAUCCCUCAAAGAAUCGCGAAAAAAUGGUGGAGACAAUGUUUGAGAAGUACAACUUUGCUGGAGUGUUUAUCCAAAUCCAAGCUGUUCUAACAUUAUAUGCUCAAGGUUUGCUGACUGGAUUAGUUAUAGACUCAGGCGAUGGUGUCACUCAUGUGGUUCCGGUUGUUGAUGGCUAUUCAUUCCCUCAUCUGACGAAACGAAUGAAUGUAGCUGGCCGACAUAUAACUUCCUAUCUUGUUGAUUUGCUUUCUAGGAGGGGAUAUGCAGUGAAUAAGAAUUCUGAUUUUGAGACUGUAAGGGAAAUCAAAGAGAAGCUGUGCUAUAUAAGCUAUGAUUACAAGAGGGAAUAUCAGUUGGGGCUUGAGACCACAAUCCUUGUUAAGAACUAUACUCUUCCAGAUGGAAGGGUCAUUAAAGUAGGCACCGAAAGGUUCCAGGCCCCUGAGGCUCUUUUCACCCCGGAACUUAUAGAUGUCGAAGGUGAUGGAAUGGCUGACAUGGUAUUUCGCUGCAUUCAAGAAAUGGAUAUUGACAACCGGAUGAUGCUUUAUCAACACAUAGUUUUAAGUGGAGGGAGCACCAUGUAUCCUGGAUUACCAAGCCGAUUGGAAAAAGAAAUACAUGAUCGUUAUCUGGAUGUUGUUUUGAAGGGCAACAAAGAUGGAUUGAAGAAAUUACGAUUGAGAAUUGAGGAUCCACCACGUAGGAAACACAUGGUGUACCUUGGAGGUGCUGUCCUUGCAGGAAUAAUGAAGGAUGCACCAGAGUUUUGGAUUAACAGGGAAGAUUAUCUAGAAGAAGGAAUUGCUUGCCUUAGUAGGUGUGGCCAAGCCUGACUUAUCGAGUUCCAGUGACCACACUGAAAAUAAGAGAUUAUUUUGUGAUCAAAAUCACAUCAGAGGCUGAGUGAUGAAUACUCAAAGCUAUUGAAAGUUUGAAUCUGCCUUCAACAGCUUGCAUUAAACACUGUUAGCUUUGUAUAGCUGAAGGCUAGUUGUGUAGGCACAAGAAGUCUUGUUUCUUGAUAGAUGUGACAAAAGAAUUCUUGUAUCUUUCUACAAAAAUUGUUGUAACUUUGUUAGUGAAUAAAAGAGUUUCAUGUCCAUGUUUCUUUGUUGAGAGUUUGUACUUACACUAAACAAUUGUAAACUUAUGUGUUGGCAAUAACCAAGUUAAUGGAUUACAUACUCAA